AUGUGGUCCGAGGGGCUGCUGGUGGGUUUGGUUACUGGCGCUGCUCUCCUCUUCCUCGUGCUGGCGCUGGUGGUGAGGCAGCUGCUGAAGCAGAAAAGACCGGCUGGCUUUCCGCCUGGUCCGGCGGGGCUCCCUCUCAUCGGCAAUAUCCAUUCCCUGGCCGCGGAGCAGCCCCACGUCUACAUGAAGAGACAAAGUCAGCUGUACGGGGAAAUCUUUAGUCUUGAUCUUGGAGGCAUAUCAGCUAUUGUACUGAAUGGCUAUGAUGCAAUAAAAGAAUGCCUUGUUCAGCAAAAUGAAGUUUUUUCAGAUAGGCCUUCUCUGCCUUUGUUCAAGAAGCUGACAAAAAUGGGAGGUUUACUGAAUGCAAGAUAUGGCAGAGGUUGGACAGAGCAUCGCAAAUUAGCCGUAACUAGCUUUCGAAAUUUUGGAUAUUGUCAAAAGUCCUUUGAAAGCAAAAUAGCAGAAGAGUCAGUUAUUUUUCUUGAUGCCGUUGAUACUUACAAAGGCAAGGCUUUUGAUCUAAAGCACUUGAUAACAAAUGCAGUUUCAAACAUUACUAACUUAAUUAUUUUUGGAGAACGAUUUACCUAUGAAGACACUGAAUUUCAGCAUAUGAUGGAAAUAUUCAGUGAAAAUAUUGAAUUGGCUGCCAGCGCUUCAGUAUUUUUAUACAAUGCUUUCCCAUGGAUUGGUAAGUUGCCCUUUGGAAAACAUCAACAACUUUUUAGAAAUGCUGCCGAAGUCUAUACUUUUUUACUCCACCUUAUUCAGCGUUUCUCACAGAAUAGGAAACCUCACGCACCUCGACACUUUGUAGAUGUAUAUUUAGAUGAAAUGGAUAAGAAUAAAAAUGAUCCGGAAUCUGUAUUUUCAAUGGAAAAUUUAAUUUAUUCAGUUGGAGAACUCAUAAUUGCUGGAACAGAAACUACAACAAAUGUUUUAAGAUGGGCAGUCUUGUUUAUGGCUCUUUAUCCUAAUAUUCAAGGACAUGUGCAUAAAGAAAUUGACUUAGUCAUUGGUCCCAACAAAACACCAUGCCUAGAAGAUAAGAGUAAAAUGCCGUAUACGGAGGCGGUGCUACAUGAAAUUUUAAGGUUCUGUAAUAUAGUUCCAUUAGGUAUUUUUCAUGCAACUUCUAAGGAUACGGUUGUCCGUGGUUACUCUAUCCCUCAAGGCACUACUGUAAUCACAAAUCUCUAUUCUGUACAUUUUGAUGAAAAAUACUGGAGUAACCCUGAAAUGUUUUGUCCUGAAAGAUUUUUGGACAAUUCAGGACAGUUUGUCAAGAAAGAAGCAUUUAUUCCCUUUUCACUAGGACGAAGACACUGCUUAGGAGAGCAACUGGCCAGAAUGGAAAUGUUUUUAUUUUUUACUGCAUUACUUCAAAGAUUUCAUCUUCAUUUUCCUAGUGCUUUGGUUCCAAAUCUUAAGCCAAAACUUGGCAUGACGCUGCAACCUCAUCCAUACCUCAUUUGUGCAGAGAGACGAUAUUAAAUAUUACCAUGAUGGCCACAGAGGCAUGGGGAAAUGAUGAGAUACUACAUACGGUUCAUAUUCCAUGC